CUCCAAGAGUUCAAAAUUCACCGACAACGAAAUCGAGGAGAGAGGUCGACGGAUAUUUCCUCUUUGCAGCGGAGACAGUUUCUUGCAGAUAAAGAAAGCUGAACACUGGCUUUUGCAACCUUUGACAGAAAGCAAUACAGAGCUUUGUGGGUUCAGAGUUUGAAACGCUUGAGCCAUAAGCUCAUUACAGAACAACACUUUGAACUUAUGUUUUUUUUCAAUGAAUGAUAAGAUUCUUCCUACAGGACAAGCAGGUCUCUUACAAAUGCUGCUUCAAACUUCAAAGUUAAAUGGAAGCAUGGAUGUGAUGGAUCUUCUAAAUGAAAAAGAAGCGACAUCCAUUCUUUAUGGUUCUUCGACAACUUUGGCUGCUUCCAUAUUGGUUUGUUUUUACAUCGUAGUAGUUUCUAAAAAGCGGCGGAAAUUUCCUGCUCUCCCAUGGGUUAAAUUCCUGACGGCUUGCAAAGAAGACGAACUCCUGGUCCUUGUCAGACACAUACUGGGCCAAGUCCAAUGAUCGUCGCAUAGGGUUACGGGUACGCAACGACUAUCCCAUUUUCUAACACACACACAAAAAAAAAAGAAGCAAAAACAUCUCGGUCAUGUUGUUCUUUAACACGGACACCUAACACGAAAGGGUUUUAGAAGAUAGACAGAACAAUUAGAUCUUUGAUCUCACUGACUUAUUAUUCGAAAUUACGUAUAUAUAAAAAAAUGAACAAAAAAAGAACAAUAUGGGCUCCUACCACACGGCCAUUCACUCCCUUUUUCUAGAACAAUUAAAAAAAAAGAUGUGCCCUUUGAGUUGCCUUUCUAUGCGGGAGAUCUGUCGCCUUGUGACCAAAGGCAAAGAGAUUAAAAACAUUAUCAAAAGCUUCAAACUUUUGAUGCCCAACCAUUUCUGGUAUUUACUGGCGUCCAUAAUAUUAAAAAAAUAUGGCAUUUCAUAUUCCAAGUUAAUCACUAAAAUUUACCCAAACGUAGAUGGUAGAAUUGUAAAAUAGGAAAAUACAAAGUACCCUCAGUUCGAACCCAUCUUAGGCUAAACUUUGCCCAAAAAAAAAGUUAAUCACUAAAACUAUAGGUUUUGUAGUUGUCGAUUCGCUAGGUUGAGAUGAAUGAUAUUUUCGUGUUCACCAAUCAUUUCUAACAUUAUCCGUUGUUUUAAUUAUUAGUGGUUACAAGUUCCUUUUUUUUUUCUGUUUACAUCUAUAGGAUAGUGAUCAAGGAUGGCAUGCAAUUAAGAAAACAAUAUUUUCUGGAUGUUUAUGUGAUUUUAUCUCUCAUAUACUAUAAAUUUUUGUGGGUUUUGGUUGAAAUUAUGUUUUAUAUAGUAACACACACACACACAUAUAUAUAUAUUGUUUUCAUUGGGGUAAUCAUGAGACAUGUGACACUAGAUCUAGUGCAACCGUCACAAAAGAAUUUAUUUUCACGAGAGUAUCGUGAUUUUAAAUGAUCAUGCUGCUUAUAAAUAUUAUUGCUUUAAAUUCUGCAUUUGACUCCGCUGAUCUGAGCAUUUAGAUAUCAAUUUUCCCCAUUUUGUUUCCUAUCCUCUGUAGUAUAUUUAGGGUUCAUCUUUGUUUACACCACCCAGUCCCUUGCCCCUUCCAAAUGGGGGGGGGGGGAUAACCGAUUUAAAUGCUAUUCCAACUACAGUUAUGGUCAAUAGAUCCAAUAAUUUAUAGGAUGAUUGUUAUGUGGUGAUAAAUUAAUGGAUGUAAUGUUAUUUUCAGCUCUUACACUGAUUAUCAAAUCCAACAACUAGAUAAGAGUAUGAUUAGACUAAAAUUGAUUAGACCCUUAACCACUUGUUUAAGGGCAUUGAUUCUUUAGAUGCCCCUAAGGCACAAGGUACCACUGAUUGCAUGACUUUUUAUUCUUUUCUAUUACCAAAAUCAAAAUUUUAAUAUUAUAUUAGUGUAAAUUAACAGCUUUGUUAUUACUCAUAUGAUACUGGAGUUUAUAUUUUGUA